AGCUCGUAAAUUCGACGGUUACCUAAUGAGAUAAUAAAGAAAAUAAUUUAAUAAUUCUUAAAUGGCUGAAGCAAAACUGUGUGUAAUUGCUGUGUUUUUCAUUAAUUUUCAUCCCGCUCUUGUGAACGGAAUCGCAUUGCCCACGCAAUCAUUUCCUUUUGCACGUUAUGUACGCACGUCGUCGACGCCCAGUUACAUAGAGUUCUACUAUUUGGAUGAAAUAGAAACAAAUGACCAUCACACAACAUCUGCAACAAUGAAGAAGAACAAAGACAUGGGAGAGCUGGAACCGCAUUAUUUUAAUGAAGGCCACAGAAGAUAUGUUAUUAGAUCACCACUUCUUGCGUUGAACAUCAAUGAGCCGCCUACAUAUACCAAAUCGUUUUUAAGUGAUUUUCAGCCCGAUGGCGUUUUUCGAGCACGACAAACUUCUUUAUCUGAUGAAAAUGGGUAUCUACAAACUAAUAUCCAUACGAAACAUUUAGAAUCUUUUAGGACAAAAACGUACGACAUAAACAGAGUAAGUCCGAUCGCAAUCAGCUUGACUAUGACUAAACCGACCAGACCGACUACCAUCAGGUCAUUUACAACGAAGUCGACUACAAAUAUUCCUACUACAAAAUCUACCGUAGUUACCAUGACUGUCACAAAAGGUGACAAUAAUGAAAGAGAAACAAAUAUAAUGUCUAUAAAGCGAACAUUGUUUAGUGCGACUAAAAGACCACCAGAAAAGAGCAAACGUUUGACAGAGACAACAAUAUAUGAUAAAAUAAAGUUUUUCGAAAUGUACGAUAGUCACACACGUCUAUGGUUGAACAUCAAUGAUUCAGACAAAGAUAUUAAUAAUAGCCAAAGAAUAAAAUUGGAAAAUAUUUAUGACAGUAUGGGUGAAAAACUUCAUAUGAACAUGAAAUUCGCAAAAAAAGAAGUUGCGAAAUAUCAAAAUGAAUCUGAGAAGAAUUUUUCUAAGACUUUAGAAGACGUUGUAUCAAAAAAAAGAAAUGAAACAAAUUCAGAAGUUUCUGAAAAAAACACAAGUACCAUUAUUGUAAGCAAUAAAGCGACAUUUGCUGAAUAUCCUUUUAUUGCUGUAUAUUUUUACGAGCGACUUCAGGUGCAUUGCGACGCUGCAAUCUUCAGUACUCAUUGGCUGUUAGCGUCGGGAGCUUGUCUGUCUCGACAUCGCGAUGAUCCCCCCGGAGAAGAACGUUCUGCAUUCGUCACUUACUGCAGUGACAAUUGGUGGGAAUCAGAUCACAUUAAUUACGUCAAGCAAACGAUAAUACAUCCGAAAUACAACCACAAAGAUUUUUCUAAAAGACAUCUUUACAAUAUUGGUGUGAUCCAAGUAAUAUCGUCAUUGUCAAUGAACUGCCACGACUACGCGCCAAUUCCUGUGAUGUCACACACAUAUAUCGCUGAGCCUGAGGGAUCCAUGGCUGUAGCUGUCGGAUUUGGGCUUGAUCGAUAUGCUACGUCGUACUCUGCUAGCGAUCUACCAAAACGGCCUCUCUCCGAGUACAAAUCGAAGAUAUUUUCUAAUACCUGUCCCGGAAAUGUUUUCAACAGAAAAAUUGAAAUCAAGAAUAGAGAUGUUGAAAAAGUGUUUUGUCUCUCCUUGCCACCGUAUUUGGGCGAGGAGAUGGACCCAAUUCACGGCGGCAUACUGUUGGUUGAAGGAAAACUCGUAGGUUUAUACUUGCAGGAGGAACGUCGCCGUUUGGGAUUGCAAUCAGCUCAGUAUACGAGCAUCUGGCAUCUUUUCCCCUGGGUUCUCAACGUGGCUCGUGAACCAGAUGAAUCAAGUUUCUGUAUAAGCCUAGAAGAGGGUCGGUAAACUAACUUGACUGAUUUUUUUGAGGAAAUUGGUAUCUUAUAUACGAGUAUUACGACUCGUUUUAAAAUGUUGUAUUUCAUUCAUUAAUAUUUUAAAUUUUUUAGCGAUCAAAAGUGGAUAAUUACUUUAUAGGU